AACUGGUUGGAACUAAAAUUAAGCAAGCUCUCAUAAGGUUUUUUUUUCUGUACAUUUACAGAAUAACAUGUUAAAUGCAGGUCUUUUGCGUUUGAAACGAAAUUUAGUGUUUUAGUUGGUCCUUUUACUUCCCUGUUUAUCUAUUUAACUUAUCCUUAACGGCACCAAUGGAGCUUCAUGAGGGAUGGUUGGUCGGUGGUUGGUGCCAUCUUGUGGUUUACAAAAAUACGGUCAAAAAUAAAAAGUCAUCGAGGUCAGGACAGUGAAAACUGGGAGGACUUCUCAAGUCGACCAGUUACCGUCUGGAAGUCAACUGCAUGGUAUCAGGGCCAACACGAAAGGAGAAGGACUUUGCUGAUUUGCUAUUUUCAGUUACCCAAAGUGGCAAAACCACAAAGGUCAGCGGAGUCUCACAUUAUGCACCUCCAGUCUCAUCUCCUGAUAAUUCUGGCUCUCCUGCAGCGUCUGGAAAGACUGCAUGGGAAAGUUUCAGAUCCACUGUCACCCCAUGACAUCACACCAGGGAGGUAUCAGCUGACCAACACGCACCCCGAUUGACCCCCGUAACUGCUGAGAGCCUGACUGUUGUUGGAACCAGCUGCAGCGGCUGAAGGUACAUCUGGGUUAUUCGAUUCAGUAUCGUAAUACAGAAUUAGUUUGAAAAGGCACUGAAAAGGCACCACAUCGAUAACAAAACAGUACAUUUAUAAAUACCAUGUGACCACUUUAGCGGCUUGCCAGUGGAGAGUCUAUUUAAAGUUGUGAAACAUUAUGCCUCUGUCGGAGAGGGUUAAGAACACUGCGUGUAUUACGUGAUCAGAAGCGCCAAUCUAUAUUUAUCAAAUCAUGGGGCUUGCUGCACUGCAUACUCCUGCAAAAGAACGCCCACCAAAGGACAUGCAGCAUGGUGCUGCCGAGACUCCAGACUUCCUAAUCCUUCACCCCCCUGCAGACCAGGAUCACAGCUGAGGCAGGACAGGCCGUCGUGUGCCCUUUAAGUCCAAUGGAAGAGUUUGAAUACAGCGUGGAGAUCUCUGAUCGUGACUGGGAAUGUUUCUUUGUGGAGUGCGAGGAGUGUAACCUGCUUCCUCCUUCAUUAGCAGGUGUGGAUGACUCGGGGAUGAGUGACAUUGAUGAAACAGGGUCCAUCUUUGCCAAGAGGGUUCAAAAAGUCAGCCUAACAGCCGGCUUUUCAGAGAUUGACCGUCCCAUUGACGGCCCCCCCGACUGUGAGGGCUCUCCUGCAGAGCAUUACCUCAGCAAACACGGUGUUGGUGGAAUGGAGAGCGUCCUUUCGGGCAGUGAGGAGGAUAUACACCUACAGUCUAUCAAUAUAUUCUUUGAAAGGUUGAAAAAUGCUACAGAGGCUGAGAGGAUCAGUAAGCCAAGCCAAGUGAGAGCUGGAAAAAACAGAGAGGCAAUGCAAUGUGACUGGCAACAGGCCAGUAGCAACACUUUGCCAAAAAACAUCCCCAAAUUAAUGCCUGCCAGGGGUGAAACAGCAGUUGGCAAAAGGACCAGUGAGUCUGUCGACACCAUCAGCAGCAUAACGACAAAAGACGAGCCUGGUUUCAGCAGUUCCCCUGAACCGGCAGCCAGUAACUCAGUGCUCCAGACUAACCAAUCAGCUCACUCUGAAACAAAGUUAUUAAUCACAGAGGAGGCCUGCACAAAAACCAGAGUAAGUGAGCCGCCACAGUGGAGUCAGACUCAUGACUCAUCAGGUGGGGUUGCAACAACACCUCACACUGGCAAAGUGAUGAAGGUGGUCAUGUGUACGCCUCUGGAUGAUGUUAAGCAGGAGGAUUUGUUCACAGACCAUGUGACUCUCAAGAAAAAGUGUAGCACUGAUUCCUGGAGUGAUCUAGAAAUGGUGACAAAUGUUAAGUGGAAGGAAGACCCGAAUGUUUUACAGUCAGACACAACAAGUCCGAAGAAAAGAAUGAGCCAAGAAUCGUCUCCAUCCGCCUCCGUCAGAAGGAAGAGGAGGAGGAAGAGACGACUCAGCACAGAGCCGGCUGAAAGCGUGCAUGGAUGCGAGAGGCAGGUUUUAGUCAAGCCGAGUGACUCAGAGGAAGAGCAGUGUGCGUGGAGAGGAGGAGCAGAUCUGUGUAUAUUUGAGGAUAUUAAUUCAUUUUAUUUAAAUGAACCUCAAAAAAAUGUUACGUCCCUUUUAAACACAUACUCAGCCAACAGCAGUGUCCCAGGGAAGAUAUCUGUGAAGGAGAUUAAAGUAAGUGGCCUUUCUCACUUCAGUCCUCCAUGUGAGAGCAUAGUCAGACUGGGAAGGUGUGAAGCAACAGGUUCAGCUGAAAAUAAUGCAACUAACAAGAGGUCCAUAACCCCACCGAGUCAAACUGACGACAAUGUAAUGUGUGCGUCAAACAACAGUAAUAAUUCCCCAAAUUUACAACCAUGCAGUAAAUUACAGGAAGAAAAAUCAGCUGGGUUGCCAGUUUCAGUUUCAGACAGUGUAACUGAUAUAUCAGACCUGACCACAGAAACAGCAAACUGUGGAAGAGAGGCUGCUCAUAUUGGGUGUUUUUGGCAGUCUGAUCAGAUGAAUAAUUCUGUCGUGUGUUGUGAAAAUGAACAGUUGUGCACAGCAGAGGUCAAAUCCCUAACUGACAGCAUUUCACUGAGCGCAGAGUCAAACGAUCCCACUGUGGAAGUCGGCCAAAAUGACAAACACUCCUAUGCAAAGCCAGACCUGGCUGAAGGGGCUGUGGAUUCUGACAGAGACAACCACACACUGUGUCAAAGAGAGGCUGAGCCCCAACAACAGCUGGAAAUUGACUGUCGCUACACAGACCAAUAUAGCUCUAUGCUGGAAAAGACACACUAUCCCCUGUCUGCAGAUGGUAUGAGCAGUUCUGAUGCUCUCAACGCAAAACCCAAGCCAUUUAACACUGGAAUCUGUCCAUUCUUAGACAACAUGUCCACACGAGUGGACUGUGCUAAACCAUCAUUAGAUACCAGCAAUUCAUUAUCUGAUAAAUGCUGCCCGUCUGAAAGUUUCUCCAGGUUAGAUAUAAACAUUCCAGUACAGGAAACAGAUAAAUCCACAACAGCUGAGAAAGCAAAAUUUCCAGCAACACAAAUAACAGCUUGUCAUAGUGGGAAUAUCUUUCUGUCUGGUGAACUGAAUCUAAGAGGCAAAAGUCAGAGAGAAACCAACUCGCCCAUGUCUGAAGACUUACUCACAAGUCCUUCAGACAUUACACCUGUGUCAUCCUUCUGUUCUGUGGACACAGAAUCAGUGAUGUCACUCUCAAGUAAAGAUAUGACAGACAUGUCAGGAAGUUCUUGUAUAUCUGUUAGUCAAAACGACUCUAGAGGUCAAGGAGAAAACACAUCACUAACUCUAACAAAACAUCAGAAAGGUGAUUUCACAUCUGGAUCUAAAAGCCCGUCUGUAUCUAAUGAUGCAGCAGAUUCAAAAUAUGAUUUAGUGCUUGAAGAAGUAGAUGCCAUCGCAGCAUCUAAAGCAGAAUGUGGACCUGGAAUGCUACCAGAUUCAAAACAGUCAGUAUUUGCUAUGUCUUCUUUCUGGAGUGAGAUGGAGAAACUGACAAUAAAUGAUAUUCUGGGUUUAAGAAUGAUCAGCAAAGCUGCUCCAGCCGGCUCCCUCGCACCCUUACAAGAAAGUGAGGAGACUGAUGUGUUUGCUCUGACUGAUUCAGGCUUUUUUACUCAACUGGAUGAAUCCAAGCCUGAACAAAUCAAUGAGGACAUGUCAAGUGGUCCAAACUCUGUAGAAUCGAGUUCAGCUCCAGUGUCUUCCACAGGCGUUAUGUGGGACAGUAAACCCGUCCCGGUGAAUCUGGGUCCUGAUAUUUACACUGGGAACAUGAUGUUGACAUCCGACAUUUCUCAAGCUGUCCUCCCUGAAAAUACUCAGACGUGCAUCAGAAAGAUUUGUAAAAAUGUAAGUGUGCACAAUCUACAUGCCCUGGAGUCUUUCAGCUACACAUGGAAAGGCCAAACUUUACAAAACUUGGACAAAGGAGAAUUAGAAAAAGUAGAGUAUUUCACUGAUGGACACAUGCUUAAGCAAGACAAAGAUGUGGACUGCUCGGCUUCAUCUGCAACAGACAGCUAUGGAUUCUCCCUCACAGAUAUAUUUCAGUACCUCUUUGGCGGAAAGCAGUCAAAUCCCAGCCAUUCAGCCACAGAUAACAUAACCACCUGCUACACUGAUGGAAAUUCUGUCCCUGAAACUUAUGAUCAUUUCUUCUCAGAGUUUGAUACAGAAAGCUUCUUCUACCCUCUCAUCACAGCAGAGGAUCAGACCAAAGACGAGCUGGUUCCUGUCUUUUCCUGCUCUCGCUCAGCUAACAGAAAUCUGCAGUUCCCAGAGUCUUACGAGUAUUUCUUUGCAUCGUCGUCUUCUGAUGAGUCUUCUGUGGAAUCUGAUGAAGAAGAUUACUGCGGUCCCGUGAGGGUGGUUAACAAGUUCAGCCGUACGUCAAGCUCAUCGAAGAUUUGUACAGACAUAUAUGAAAAUUUCUUCACAGACAGAGACCUAAGACAGGAUUUCUUUUGGAAAAACACACUCUCCUUGAGGAAUAUCACUUUUACUGGAUCUUCAGUCCAUAAGCAGAGUCUCUCAAAUUCUCUUGUGCCCGUGAGGUCAAGUGGCAGUACCCUUGGAAGCAGGUUUCAUUCUGUAAAUGCGCUGGGAAAUCAAGAUGUGGUGUUUUCUGAUUCACUUCUCUACCACUUGGAGGACAGGAUCUCAAGACAACUAGUUCAGCAGCCCUUCAAAUACGAGGAAUUACAGACGACUGUUUCAAAUCCAAGGUUGGAUGCCUCCCUCCUCCCUCUCAAACAGUCAGACAUGUGUUUGGUCUGUAUUGCAUUUGCUUCAUGGGUGCUGAAGACUGCAAAUCCACAAGUUGGAGAUGCCUGGAAGGCUGUUCUGCUGGCGAAUGUCAGUGCUCUGUCAGCCAUCCGAUACCUGCGUAAAUACGUCAAGAUGGAGGAAGCAUCCAAUGAGAGGAAACUACAGCUCACCGCCCCGUCUGAGUCUUGACGUCACUUCCUCUGAAUACGGUUCAAAUGAAACAUCUUUCCAUGAACAUCUGACAACAUCUGAUGCAUGACUUCAGACUUUCGAGGAAUUUUUCAGACGCUUGAUGUGUUGGUACUUGUUUGCCCUACGUAUGUGCACAGCAGGUAAGGGUUUCUUUUCGUCUCUGAUUUGCUCCUUGAUAAAUUCAUUUGGCUGUCAUUUUAACUCUUUGAUAUCUGAAAGCGUUUGCAUAAAAUAUGAUCGCAGGCAAGAUGAGACAUUUCCUGUAUAUUCAUAAGAAAUAUGUAAAUAGGGUUUCAAUAAGUACGGAAAGAUUAGAAGCAGGUUUAUUCAGAGCUGUACAGAGUUGAGAUGUUAGAUGAAAAUAUGAUAUAUGGAUCAACAUGAGGGACUUGAAGAGUUACAGUUUGUUCCUGUUACAUUGCAUUCAUUUAGCAGCCGUUUUUGUGUUAAAUAUUUCAAACAACUGAACGUAUUUGAUAAAAUAAGAUGAUGUUAAGUCUGGUCUAAUGUUUCAUUCAACUUAACGCCAUUGCAAAUUACUAUUCAUUUGAGGGACUGUGUUCUGUGCCAGUAUCAGUUUUCUAUGUAUGAAGGGCAUCUUAUGUUCGUGAUGGAUCAUUUAUAGAUGACUGUACAGUGUUUUGUCAUAUGUGUUGCUCUGUGAGCUGCCGUUGUCGUUUCAUUUUAAACCACAGUAAACAGCAUCUCGGA